UUAAUAUGGCCGAAAUGUGGAACCUUCGAUCAUAUGGUUUAUAUGGGCGAAGUUUAAAGACUUGCGCAUUAUCAUGAUCUGCAUACUGCGUUCUACAGUAUUUCUGUGUGCGUUCUACAGUAUUUCUGUGUGCGUUUACUGUUUAAAUAAUACUUGUAACUUUUAGAAACAAUAAUAUUCUGGAUUAAUACAAUCUUUGGUUGAAAUCAAAAUUGUAUUCAAAAUGGAAAACUGUGUAUCGUAAGUGUACUUUUUAUUAUUUACACCCAUACUGAUCAUACUCCAGCAAAAUUAAAGGGAAUUUAUAGAGCUGACCUGAUUUUUUGUGAAUUAUUGAUAUUUAUAACUAUUACUGGAAGAGGUAUACCUAAUUUGUCUAUGCAAUUAUUACCCGAGACGUAGACAACAUAUAACGCGUUUAACGUUCGUAUAAAUAAUAUCCUACAUGAAUUCUAAAAGUAUAUUUUUUGUAAAACGAAAAAGAUUAUUAAAUGUUAUCCGGAAUUUUUGGUAUAAGUAAUACCAUCUGUUAUAAGUUAUAACCAAAGCUAUGUAUCUCCGUAAUUAGUAUUAUAAACAUUUGUUUUUAAUUUUGUUGUCGUUCGAUAUUAAAUUUAAAAAUUCUUGAAUAGAUAAAAUAUGAUAAUUAAAUUUUAAAACAAUUACUACUUUUCCAACUUAAUAUAAUAUUUACCUUAUUAAUUAUUAUUAUAGUUUAAGAAAAUCUAAAAAUUUACGUACAAUUUGAUAACUUAUAAUAACAAGUAGAUACGUUUUCUUCCGAUUUAUGAAGAUUGUAACGAUUCUAAGCAAACACCAUUUAUCACCAAAAGCGAAUUACCAAUAGGUACUAUCCCACAAUAUCACAACUGUAUAUUAUAUGCCUCCAAAACGGUUUAGUUUACCAAAGAUUUUUUAGUCCAUUCCCUAGUAUCCUGACCGAAGAGUGAAGUUUCUCUAGUCUAAUGUCAGAAGAUAGUGGCCUGUAAUUAGUUAUUUGUAUCAUGAAUUGUGUGGUUUUUAUAAGUUAAAUUAAUUUAUUAAAAGUUGAUUAUUGGUUUUGUACUACCGCAUUUUGUUUUUUUCUUUUGUACAAAAAUAUAAUUCAUAUUUCUGAGAGUUUUGAAGAUUUGCUAGGUAACAAUGUGUUGAAUAAAACAUAGUGGACAUGAACCAUUGAACUGUAUAUGAAAAUAUAUUAUAACAUACAAACAUUUUGGUUGCCUACAUCUUCACAAUAGUAUUAUAAUCGUAGGUUUGUUUUUGAGUUUUAUUUUAAUACUGUAUUAAUUUUUGUGCACAAACAUGUUGGUAUAGAUAUGAAAACAAAAAUUAGCUAUUGCGGAUAGUCAAUAAAUUAGUACCUUUUUAAUGAUGUUUUAUUCGUUAUAAGACAAAUAUUAUAUUUAUUUAUAAUUUAAUUUCUUUAUAACAUAAUUUUCAGUAAAAUGGAACUGCGUAGACAUUUGACAACAGAAACAGAUGCUGAAAAACUUGCGAAACGCCUUGAUGAAGAUUUGGAUAAAUUUAUAGACAGUUUAAAGCAGACACCUUAUAAAGAUGGUUGGAAUGAAGCAACUUGGCGAGAGGUUAGUUUUAAAGUAUACAUUUGUUUAAUUGUAUAUUUAAAAUAUUGGGUUUAAUUUGGGUCAUAGGAAAUGGAACAGCAUCCAUUUUUUACAAGCAAGCCUCUUAAUCCAGAAGAUGUACCGUCACCUUUAAUUGAGGGCUUACAAAAACUUCGCUUUGAUCCUGAAGAUAAUACUACUGAAGAAUUGGCCAAUAAACACAAGAUUGAUGGGAAUUUCAAUUUUAAGUGCGGUAAAUAUCGAAUGGCCAUUUUAUGUUACGAAGAAGGCCUAAAAUUAGAUUUUUCAAAUGAUCAUCUACGUGCUCAAAUGUUUAACAAUUUAGCUGCUUCACAUUUUUAUUUGAAGAAUUAUCGGUAUGUACUUGGUAAAUUACUAUAAUAUACAGUAUACAUUUAUUUUGAAUUUGUAUUAUGUAAUAUUUCAUUAAUCUAGGUCCAGUUUGAUAGCAGCUGAAGAAGCAAUUAAAUAUAAGCCAGACUAUCCAAAAACAAUAUUGAGAGCAAUACAGUGUUGCAUGCAAUUGAAAGAAUUUGAUAGAUGUUGUGAAUUGUGUGAUAUAUAUAACAUUCAAAUACCCGGAGAUAAAAUAAUAUCAAGAAUAAAAAGAGAAACAAUAAAAUCUAAAGUAAAUUUCAUUUAUGAUUAUGAUCUUUAUUAUUAUAAAAAAGUAAAACAAUGUAUAUUAUUUUUUACCUUUUUAGAAAAUGAUGGAAAUGGAAAAACGAAGAUUGGCCAAGUUCGAAAAAGAAAAAGAAAUAGAGCGGAAACAAUUAUUGGAUGAGCUUAAUAAAAGACAUUUAUGUAUAAUCGGCCUAGACAGUAAUCAUUAAUUUUAUUAUUUAGUGUUUUCAAUGUACACUGAUUUUAAUUAUAUGCAUAUUUUUAUGAUUAGACGAGCCUAUCAAAGAUUUAGCGAUAUUGGAUCCUAAAAUGCUCGGUUCUAUAAAACCUGUACAUUUGCUCGCAGGACGUCUUGUUUGGCCUGUUGCUAUUUUAUAUCCAGAGUAUAAUGUUUCUGAUUUCAUCUUGGAAUUCGAUGAAGAUUCUAUGUGAGUAUAAUUCAAUUUUUUUUUCAUAAACAUUUAUAUAUAUUUUUAAAUGAUGUAGGAGACAAAAUAUUUAGUAUAAACUAAAAAAAAUAGUGCUAUAUAUUGUAAUUUUAUUGUAAAAUUGCCAAGAAUGAUUAUAUUAAAACUUGUUCAAGAGCAUAAAAAUAUUUUGUAAAUAGCAUUUUGUUAUAAUUUUAUUUGUUAAAAUAUUCAAUUAAAAAUUUGCUUUGUAAAAACAUAAUAAUAUUAUAAUUGAUUCUGAUAUACAUUUAAAAUGUGCUACAUAAAAUAAUUGUAACAGUUAGAAACUAGUUAUCUGCUGGUGAUUGUAGAGUACAUUCAUAUUUGAUGAAUAGUUUCUUAGUUAUAUCGGCUUUAAUAUAGAGAAAACAAUUAAUAUUCCGUAGGAGAUAAAGAAUUACCGCACUGAUUGUGAUUUCUUACCGUGUAACGUGUUAUUGUAUUAAAAAUUAAUUGUUUUCAGACCAAUUUUCUAGAAAUUUAAAAAAAUGUUAUUACUAAGAAACUAUUGAACAAAUAUUUAAGUAUGGUAAACUAAAAUGUUUAAAUAAUACAUUUUAUAAAUUGGCUAUUUUGAACAUUUUACAAAGUUGAAAAAUAAAAAUGUCGAAGUUUUUCUGAAAAACAUUAAAAAAAAAAAAUUGUUUUUAAUGAACAUUAACAGAGUUAUUAGCAUUCAGAUAACACUGUAGGACACCCCAUAUAAUCAGUGGUAUUAUUCUAAAGUCAAAUUUGUAGAAUGAAUUGUACAAUAGUUUAAUAAUUUAUUUAGUUCUGAUAAUUAUUGUUAUUUUUUUUUUAGAUUUUAUAAUCAUUUAUUAGAAAUGUUUUCUGAAAAGCCAGUUUGGGAUGUUGAAGGUAAAUACAGUGUCAAUACAGUAAAUGUUUAUUUCGAACUUUUUAAUGAACAUAAAAAACCUACCAACGUUGUAAAAGUAGAUAUACGCAAAUGCACUUUAUCAACAGCAUUGUCAUUUUUCAGGUAAAAAAAAAUAAAUAAAUAGAUUUAUUUUUAACAUGGUGUAACAUAAAUUAUUAUAUUGCAAGGCAGAGGUUUUCAAACUUUUUUUCUUCACCACCUAUAUGUAUAUAGAUCUGUCACGGACCACUUAUAACUUAAUUGAACUAAUCAUAAUGCCUUUAUGUUUUUUCAAAAUUAUAAGAGUAUAUGACAGUAAAAUACUGUAAUACUAAUAAUAUAAAAAAUAUAAAAUACAAAAUAUACUAUUUGAUCCAUUAAAAACAUUUAUACGAAUAUGUAUUAAUUUAUUUUUUGUACUACUACUACCAUGUUGCUUUGUGUGUACAACCAUGUUGUCCACCACAUAUUACAGUUUGAGAACCGCUGUAAUAAGGAAUAGCUCUUGUGUUUUUUUAACAUCUUAUAAUACAUUUUAAACUUUAAUAUUAGUUUAUUAUUACAAUUUUGUGUAGAUGCCCUAUUGAAAACGGUAUACCAACAUUUACAAUUUACUUUGCUGGAGGAGAACAUGAGAAGAAGUUUUUAGAAGAAGUGACAUGUUAUUAAGUUUAAAUAAUAGUCAUAUUAUUCCUUUAAUAUUUCUUCUUCUCAUUAUCUAUAAUUCUAAGAGAACUCUAUACACAAUUAAUGUUAAAGUACUUAAUAGAAUUUUGUUUUAGUACUAAACCCUUUCUCUCAUCAAGUACAUUGAAAUUAUGUGCUGCCAGGCCUUCAAGCUUUAGGCAUUCACUACCAUUUCUAGCAUGCUCAUUCCUUUGAAUACUAUUGAACAUGGAAGUGUUCUUUGGGACCCUCCUCUCCCCACCGUGUAUUCAAAUGCUAUGAUUGAGAGGGUUUAGUGAGGCUUCUUUCAUGUGAAAGAACCUUUCAACCUUUCCAUGAUUAUUCACCACUCGUGUUUCGUUGAUCUCCUUAGUCUUGUUAAUAUUUGAUGGGUGUAUAAUCUCAAGAUAAUUAUAUACAGUAUUCAUACAGAUAAACAGAUUUUCCUAAUCUCUUAUCACUAAUUAACUUCAAAGUCUCUCUCAAUUUCACUUGUUCAUUUGUCCCUUUUUAUAUUCCAUAAUUUCCAGUCUCUUUUCUUGAUAACUCCCAAAUAAUUAAUAUUAUGCUCCCUGUCAGCCAGGAUCCAUCAUUUAUGAUCAGCAUUCAACUUCUAGUUGUCUCUCUUCUUUCACUGCCAGUAUAUAUUCUAAUUAAAAUUAGUCUGGUUUAGUUUAUUGAACUAGAUUGUUCUGAGUAUAUAAAUAUAACAGACCUCAAAAUAUCUAGUUUAGAAAACCAAAAAAAAAAACAAAAAAAAAAAAAAUUAAAAAUAUUGUACCUUAUUAUAUUAAGUAGGUAUAUCUAAUUAUUAUUGCUACUUUAAUAUGUUUUUUACCUUGUUUGUUCGUGGGCUACCACUCAUCUGUGUGUUAUAAUAAAAUACUUGAUAUCGCAUAGUAAAGUUUGUGAUUUAUACUUAAUUUGGCACUACCUCUUUUAGUGCCACACUAAAUGAUUAGAGUCUGUAGGGUGUAGUUUAGUGAUCAUCACUUUCAUCUUGCACACCUAACAUCUAAUUAUUAUUCAAAAUCAUCUGUAUUAAGGAAAAUUUCUUUGUGUAUUUUUUUUAAGGAACAUUGCUCUUGUAAAAUAUUUUUUUUUUCAAAAUUCAAAUCAGAUACAUUAAACAUUAAAACAUGUUAUAAUAAUGUGAUGUUUUACUCAUUAGAUUAUUUCUGUAACGGAGAAAUUAGAACAACUUAAAAAGUGUUUCAUACAUAUCUAAUAUGUUUAGUUUUAAAUUGAAUAUGACUCAAUUGUCAAUUUUAUUUUUACAGUUCAUAAGCUUAGCCUUUCUUUUCUUUUUACACAGUUUAACAAGUUUAAUAAUAGAAGUUUUUUGGAUAAGCAUUUAAAUGGUUAUAUUAAUUAUCCUGAGGAAUAAUGUGAGUAAUUAUUUCCUUCGAUUUUUAGUUGCUUACCUAUUAUUAUAUAAUAUAUUAAAAUAUUGUAUACCUUGAUUAACACUAAAUUUACUUUUCUCUACUUGUAAAUUUUGUAUACUUAAAUAUUGUUUUAAAAAUAUAAAUUUAAGAUUUGAAGUAAUUGUAAUUUAUAUUAUGUUAUAUUUGUAUGAGCCAGUUUAAGUCAAUUGCUCUUGAGUAGCUUAAUAGAAUAUAAAAUUAAUGUGUUAAUAGUAUUUAACUAAUAUAUUCUUCUUUAGUGUGUUUAGCUCAACAAAUGACAUUCUAAAUAGUCUUAUAUGUCUUAUAACUGCUUAGCAGUUUCCUAGAAUAAGUAAUAAGUUUAAGAAUUUUUUAUAUUGUUGUCGUAUGUUUUAUUAAUUUGUGUAUUAAAUCUUUUAUUCUUUGUGUGUGACAUAUUAUAGAAUAAUUAAUCAAUAACCAAAUAAUCACAUCAUUUAAAUUUUGUAUUACAUAUAAUUUAAUUAGCUAACAUUUGAACUACUCGAAAAUUAUUUUUGUAUUAUGUUUGUAUUAAUAACAUAAUCACAUGUGUAUUAAAAAAAAAUUGAAAAAACACCAUUGGUUUUAACACUAAAUUUACUUUUCUCUACUUGUAAGUUUUGUCUACUUAAAUAUUGUUUUAAAAAUAUAAAUUUAAGAUAUGUAGUAAUUGUAGUUUAUAUUAUGUUAUAUUUGUGUGAGCCAGUUUAUGUCAAUUGCUCUUGAGUUGCUUGAUAGAAUAUAAAAUUAAUGUGUUAAUAGUAUUUAACUAAUAUAUUCUUCUUUAGUGUGUUUAGCCCAACAAAUGGCAUUCUAAAUAGUCUUAUAUAUCUUAUAACUGCUUAGAAGUUUCCUAGAUUAAGUAAUGAGUUUAAGAAUUUUUUAUAUUGUUGUCGUAUGUUUUAUUAAUUUGUGUAUUAAAUCUUUUAUUCUUUGUGUAUGACAUAUUAUAGAAUAAUUAAUCAAUAAACAAAUAAUCACAUCAUUUAAAUUUUGUGUUACAUAUAAUUUAAUUAACUAAUAUUUGAACUACUCGAAAAUUAAUUUUGUAUUAUGUUUGUAUCAAUAACAUAAUCACGUGUGCAUUAAAAAAAAAAAAAAA